AUAGCAUAAAAAAAGACCUUCAGAAGAUUGUGGUUUCUUCCAAUUUCGACGAUGCGCGCAGAAAUAAAUCCCAAGAAAUAAUUAAUCAAUGGAAGGACUGGUCAGCUAUCCCAGGUACAUUUGAUACACCAGAGAAGAUUUUGAAACGUCCUAGGAUAACCAAAGAGGAUGAAGUUAAUAAACUGGCAACGGGCAGCAAAGCACAGAUUAAUGAAAUAUAUCACGUAUCGUUUGCACAAGAUUAUAUUCAUAACAAUGAAAUGGAUAGUACCGCUUGUUUGCAAUUAGAAUUCCCACUCAAAACCUUAAUACAAACUCCUCGAGAUAUUAGCUCAUUGAUGUCGACGCCUAACAAACGACCGUUGGAAAAAGAAGUCCAGCAAUACUCCGAAAAUAUAUCCGUAGUAUGUGCUUUUGGUAAAACGGCCUCUGAGCUGGCUUUAGAAAUAGGUGAAGAGUGUGCUAUUGAACUAUUCUCUGUUCGUAAUACCACACCUUCCGUAUGGACAUCUGAUUUGGAAGAAUAUCUGGAUAGCAUCCUUAAAGAGGCCGGAGAUGAUUUCAGAACUAGAUUUUAUGUUAAGAAGCCAAUUGAGCUAUUCCGAUUAUAUUGUGACAAGAUUCUUAUUGAUUUCUAUCAUCUUGUAGAUAUCCAUCCUCAAAUAGACCGAAAAAUCGGAGAACGUAAAUUCAUAGUAAAUCGAAUAUCUUCAAUCUUUAAAUUCUAUGAAUCAACAUUUUUUACACUUGAUUUUGACUGGAUUGAAACCCACUCAAAUUCUUCCAAAAUAACGAAAUCUGAAGCUAAUUCUGGAAUAGUAAAAGUCGAUGCCAAAGCAAUUCGGCAUUCAGAUGGAUUGGAAAUAUGGCAUAUGGAGGUGGCAGGUGGCCCAUCUAAUGCAACCGAUAAACAUACACUAGGAGAUACGAAGAAAACUAUCAAAACCGACACUUUAAACUUAAUUGAAGUUUUAAGAAACUACAUCGAUUGUAAUGUGCAACUUGCAACAAAAUUAAAAGUAUAUUGUACUCUGGUUAUUAGUACCAGAAUGACUCUAUACUCUUUAAACAUGUUACCUGAUGGAAGAUUCCUUUCGGUAGAACUUGCUACCGCAACAAUCCCUUUUAGCUUUCACGGUCGGCAUCAGUAUAAGGCUGUUCUCCAAAUGAUGGCUAUCUUUCAUGAUGAAAUCAUAAAACAAGAAGAGUUAAUGGCUGAAAUUAGUAGAUCCGUGAUUCGACCAGAAGAAACAACGGUUCGUGAUGUAUUAAAAAUACCCGAGGGAAUUUUUGAAAGAUAA